CGGUUUCUCAGGAAAGGAAAAGAAAAGAAUAAGAAAAAAGAAAAAAAAGGCUCUGCUUUCUCUUUCUUUCGUCUUUUUCUAGAUCGCAUUUCUAACUGUCGCUUUUUUGUUUCCAGCUAUUACCUUUUUUCACAAAGCUCGCCAAAAUUCAUGACAUCUCAUCGAAUUUAGCAAAUCCCUUUGUCUCCAAAUCUAAUCCUUGCGUCAAUCUCGGUCCAAAAAUCAAACCUUUUUUUUCCUUCCUCUGCUUUUUGAUUUGAUUGAUCGAUUUCCGAAUCAAAAUGGGUUGUGCAAGCUCGAAGAAUCGAAAACGUUGCCGUAACUGCCGUGGAGGAUUAUCUCCGGUGGUUGUGCCGCGAAGCUACUCAAUGCACGUUCAUCAUCCGGCGCAACACACCGGAGAUAGCUAUCACACGGUGGCUCUCACUUCCUCCACCAUCGGAUCUCUCAGCCUCUCCGAAUCUCCUUUCAGGCAUAUUCACAAACACUUGGAAGGCGUCAACGAAAAGCGACUCUUCUCCGACGAAUUGGGCGAAAAGAAGCUAAUUUCCGGUAAUGGGUUUCAUCACGGAGAGGAACAGAGUAAUUUACAGGCUAAGAUCAUGGAAGCCAAGGUUUGGUCAAGUAUGAUGAACGAGAAAAUCCCUAAGAUUGUUCCUAAAACUCCGAUUGUGACUCCUCCUGGAGAGCCAGAGACGAUCAACACGUGGGAAUUGAUGGAAGGUCUUGAAGAUGUUAGUCCAUUAAGAUCAUCACCGAAUCAUUUGAGAAGCUUCUCGUUUGAUGUUGUUCGUAUCCAACCUUGUAAUGAUGAUGAUGAUUGUCCUGCUCUGUUUGAUCGACCCAAAUCAAGGUUUCACGAGAAUGUGAAACCCAAAAGCAGAUUUGAUGAUUUGGAUCCUCCUGAGAUCGUUUCGAAUUUCAGGAAAUCGCUUCAAGAACUCCCAAAUGAUCAUCCUUUCCAUAUCCGGGUUCCAGAAAUGAAAUCGAAUCCGCAAUUCGGAUCAUCAGAUGAAGAAGAAAAAGAAGCAAACUGCAAAAGAAAGUCAGAAAAGUUGAUACUUUACUUCACAACCCUUAGAGGUAUAAGGAAGACAUACGAAGACUGUUGCAAUGUUCGUGUAAUACUAAAAAGCUUAGGAGUUUGUGUCGAUGAGCGAGAUGUAUCGAUGCAUUCGGGUUUCAAAGAUGAGCUGAAGAAGCUAUUGAGGGAUGAAUUCAACAAUGGCGUUGGAAUAACCCUACCUAGAGUUUUCUUUGGGAACAAGUAUAUUGGAGGAGUCGAGGAGAUAAAGAAGUUGAAUGAAAAUGGGACACUCGAAAAGCUUAUAGAAGGCUGCGAAAGAUGCGGGAAUGAAUGUGAGGCUUGUGGAGAUAUUCGGUUUGUGCCGUGUGAGACGUGUUCAGGGAGCUGCAAAGUGUAUUAUGAGGAUGAAGAAGAAGAAGAAGAAGAAACAGAGUAUGGAUUUCAAAGAUGUCCAGAUUGUAAUGAGAAUGGAUUGAUCAGAUGUCCUGUUUGUUGUGAGUAAGUCCUUAGAAGAUACAAAAACAAUUUUCCUUCUCUUUUUUUUUGUGAUUAUUGAAUUUUCAUUUUGUGGGAUUUGGGGAUUUUUGGUUGUGAUGAGGCUGGAGAAGUUAUUGUUGUACAGUCAUGCUCUGGUUGAUAGUGAAAGAAGAGUUUAGGUA